AUGAUCCCAAGACUGCGAAACAAGUCUUACGAAGAACGUCUAAAGGAGCUGAACUUAUUCAGUUUAUCCAAACGUAGGCUACGAGGGGACCUAAUUGAGGUUUUUAAAAUUUUCCAUGGUUUCGAUAAUAUUAACAUAAACGAUUAUGUAACUACUGAUCUCACAAGCUCCACCCGUAACAAUGGCUUCAAGAUCAUUGGUAAGCGCUUUAGAUCAAAUGAAGCGAAGCACUUUUUCUUCAAUAGAAUCGUAAAUGUUUGGAAUUCUCUCCCAGCACAAAUUGUCAACAGUAUUACAAUUGAAUCAUUUAAGAAAAAACUCGAUAAGCACUUAACAUCUGUUCACCAAGUCGAAUAUUUCACUACUGCGUAA